AGUCUCUGGAACUGUUUGCCUGGGGCUGACUUCAAACCUUGAUCCUCCUGAUCUCUGUCUUCUGAGUAGCUAGGAUUAUGAACUUGAGCCACCCACACCUGUUGGGAGGAGAGACAGCUAUUGCCAUCAUGGAGGUGCCAGAGGUGGGGAGUCCCCUGAACCCCAGCUGUAAGAUAAUGACCUUCAGACCCUCCAUGGAGGAGUUCCGAGAGUUCAACAAAUAUCUUGCAUACAUGGAGUCUAAAGGAGCCCACCGAGCGGGUCUUGCAAAGGUGAUUCCUCCUAAGGAGUGGAAGCCAAGACAGUGCUAUGAUGACAUUGAUAAUUUGCUUAUUCCAGCCCCGAUUCAGCAGAUGGUCACAGGACAGUCAGGACUGUUUACUCAAUACAACAUCCAGAAAAAAGCCAUGACCGUGAAGGAGUUCAGGCAGCUAGCCAACAGUGGCAAAUAUUGUACUCCAAGAUACUUGGAUUAUGAAGAUUUGGAGCGCAAAUACUGGAAAAACUUAACUUUUGUGGCACCUAUCUAUGGUGCAGAUAUUAAUGGCAGCAUAUAUGAUGAGGUAUAUUUAUAAUGGUUGAUGUUUUUCUUACCGUUAUAUAUACAACUAAGAAAGAUUCAUUUGUUGUGCUUUUGGGCAAUCUAUAGUUCCUCCAAGUGUAGGAUGAAAUAGUUAUCAGUAGGAUUUUUGUAAUUGUAUUUUUCAAAUUGAAGGCAGCUAAUUGUACA